CUCCUCCCCCCACCCCCCAAACGAGGGCAGGCGACACGGGAGCCUUUGAGUUUCGCGGAUCAGACACAAACAGCCCCUUUGGGGAUUCCGAGAGAUUUUCCGCCUACGACGGGGAUUUAGUUUCCUUUCUUCGCGCUUUCAGAACGCGGGACGAGACCGCGGGGAAAACAAAACGUGUUGCCUGCUGCUUCGGUCUGCUGCUGUUGGAUGUCCUGCACCUUCUUGAAGUUGUUGCCGCUACUGACGCCGACGGCAGAAUUUCUACCGCCACUGCCGGCCAACCACAACACCACCACCACGACCACCACGACGACCACCACGACCCGCUAGCAGCUCCCGUCGUGUCGCCACGCUCCGAGCCGCCCGCCCGUCCAUCAGCCCCGUCUGCCAGCAGUGUCCCGCGCCCUCGUUCGGAACCGACACCGCCGCGCUGUCUCUUCCACCACCACUGGGUUGAGUGAAAGAAAGAGUAGUGGGUGGGUGGUGGUUGGUGGGUGUUUGUGAGAGCGGAAGAAUAGGAAGACGCGGAGACAUUCGCGCGCGCGUGUGUGCGUGCGUGCGCGUCUCCCCCUCCUCCUCUUCCACCACCACCCACAACUCCACCCGCAACUCCACCCGCUGCAAACGCCGCGAUGCUCAAGUUCCUGCGCCGCACGUUCGGGAGACGUUCGCGCCGCUCGCCGCCCGUGGUGGAGCGCGACUCGCAGCGCGCCCAGGUGCACAUCCCCGCCGCCGCAGGAGCCGGCCGCUCCUCCACGCUCACCUGCCGCGUGGCGCUUCUCGACGGCGGCGACGUCAGCGUCGACCUGAGCAAAAAGGCAAAGGGUCAAGAGUUGUUCGACCAGAUCAUGUACCACCUGGAUGUGGAAGAGACCGACUACUUCGGCCUGCAGUUCAUGGACUCGGCGCAAGUGCCGCAUUGGCUGGAUAACACAAAGAGUAUAAAGAAACAAGUGAAAAUCGGCCCUCCCUACUGCUUCCACCUGCGUGUCAAGUUUUACUCAUCAGAGCCAAACAACCUGCGGGAGGAACUCACCAGAUACCUGUUUGUCCUGCAGCUGAAACAGGACAUUCUCAGUGGCAAGCUCGAGUGCCCGUUCGACAUAGCCGUGCAGCUCGCUGGGAUCUCUCUCCAGGCUGAGAUUGGUGACUGUGACCCCGAGGAACAUACGGCAGCUCUAGUGUCAGAGUUCCGCUUCGUGCCAGGCCAGACCGAGGACAUGGAGAUGGCCGUCUUUGAUACGUGGAAAAGUUGUAGGGGCCAGAUGCCAUCGCAGGCGGAAAUCAACUACCUUAACCGAGCCAAGUGGCUGGAGAUGUACGGUGUGGACAUGCACGCCGUCAAGGGACGCGAUGCCAACGAUUACACCCUGGGCCUGACACCAACUGGAAUAUUGGUGUUUGAAGGAAAGACAAAGAUUGGCCUCUUCUUCUGGCCCAAGAUCACGCGUUUGGAUUUUAAGAGGGACAGGCUGACGCUGGUCGUUGUGGAGGAUGAUGAGCAGGGCAAGGAGAACGAGCACAAGUUUGUGUUCCGCAUGGACCACCCCAAGGCCUGCAAGCACCUGUGGAAGUGCGCUGUGGAGCACCACGCAUUCUUCCGGCUGCGCGGCCCCACACAAAACGCCAAAGAGAGGCAGGACUUCAUCCGCAUGGGAUCGCGCUUCCGCUACAGUGGGCGUACUGAGUACCAGACAACGAGGAUGAGCAAGGCGCGCCGCUCCACCUCAUUUGAGCGCAGGCCAAGCAAGCGUUAUUCCCGCAGGCCUUCCUUCCAAAAGUUUAACGCUGUGCAAAGAAUUCCUGCAAAAAGCAUUACGACUGCUACAGCAAAUAAACAGCCUGCGUCCUCGUUCUCUGAGGUUGCAUCUCUGCCUGCAGGAGGCACGCACCUCGAAUACAACCAACAGGCCAGCAAUCCUCCUCGCGGCCCCUCUUUCACCGCAGGCAACAGCAGCGACCUGCCCGUCACGGCCAAUGACGACGUCGUCGUCGUCCCGCAAGCAGCCGCGCUGGACGCCGCCGCCUCCGCUGUUGCCACAGAGACGCUCGUGCCGGGCUGGUUCCCCCAUUCCGUGGCUUCACCCACCAAGCGGAUGGCUGCAGACCCAGGCUACGAGGAGGCAGCUGCACGCCUCAAGCAGCUUGAGAUUGAGAACAGCCCAGCGCGCCCGGCCCGCAACCCACUCGACAUUAACGUCAACAACCUGGCGGUGGAUAAGGUGAAGUUAAAAGAGAAGACUUUGAACACCUUCCCAGCAGCCACGGGCUCUCCCUCUAUUCCUCUGUCCAACCUCAACCCAAUCUCGUCUGUGACCAUUGGUGCCUCAACCAACCAGGGCACCAUCCAGGCCGCCUCCUCCGACACUUGGCACGGAGACGGCUCGCGCACGGUGCAGCCCAAUCCCUCCAGUCCCAUCCCUCCGCACGCCUUCAGCUCUCUGCUCUGUUCGCCGGCGGGAGCCUGGCCUCCCCCUGGCCUCUUCAUCGCAAACCCAGGGGCGGGUGCACCCUGCCUCUCUCUGGACCCGUCGCUCAAGAGCAACAUCCUGAAAGCGCAGGUGGAGGCCGUGCUGCGUGAGAGUGGCAAGGUCACGCAGGAUGAUAUGAAUAUUUCACGUCGGAGCACGCAUGACCAAGGGGAAGCGUUCCGCCGUCUAGGUCCAGCACACAGCAGCCUGCCUGUAACGGGCGCACGAGAUACGGAGGAGUCUGGCCACGGCGUUCGAAAGAGCAAAUUCCCAAGCCAGCAUAUCACCGAUGAGACCUGUGAUGGGACAAGCCAACUGCCUGUCCCCAAUGGAGGCAGCGGCUGCAUCAACCUGGCAGACCAGCCGAUCAUCACCAGCACCCCGGCAAAACCGCUGCCCAGCUUCCUAAACCCCAGGCUCCUGGGCUCGGCAGUGGAGACACUCGUGGAUGUGAGCGACACUACACCUCUGAUUCCUGACGUGCCCAGCAACCUCGUGAAAUACCUGACUCCUCAUGCAACAGUGAAGUGUGCCGAGGAUAGUGUGCCGCUGACUGCACGCAAGCCGGGCAUGCGGAGCGCCGUGCUGCUCGAGACAAGUUUUGGCCCUGUCACGAGGAGCAUCCCGGCGAUGCUCGGGAAAGACCCAGUCCACGAACUCCCUCCCAGGGUCUCUGAAGCCAGCAGUGGCCGGGACAGGCCUGGCUCUACCAGCACGAGGAGGCUGCUGACUACGGAACUGUGACAUCGACGAGGCGGCGAAGACACGGACCCUUCACUUGGCGCAUUGCUUGACGAUAAUUAUGCCUUCCAAAAAGUGUUAGAAGUCUUUAAAAUUUACUGUAAAAAAAGACACGUUUUCCCCAGUCCUAUAGGCGAGUGAUAAUUGCUUUUUUUUGGUGACGAAAAUUGCUUCCACCUGCACAACGUGGAUUGCUCUUAAUUAGCCAAACCACUUGCAAUGCUCGGGUACAUUUUACUUGCUCAUGGUUCCAUGGAAAAGCAUUCAUUUGUAGAUCAAACUGUCCCGAUUAUUCUCUAUUGGUGUCAUCGUUUAUUCGAACACCAUUGUCUCAAAAGUUUUUUGUUUGUUAUUCCUCACUGCUCAGUUGCGGGCCAUAUGUCGAUGUUGCUGUUUGUGGUGUGUAUCACAUGAACAGUUGCACCAGGUCUAGGAGACUGAAGAAGUGAUAGAGCCUUGUUGUAUGGCCCAAGUGUGUAUUCAUGUUCUUAGGUUUUUUCGGUAAAGUCACGUAGGUAAAAACAUUAAAAAGUAAAAUAAAAUAAAAAUCACGACGUUUUGGAGGCAACACAAGUUUCCGUC